CUCUCUCUCUCUCUCUCUCUCUAUUUUACAAACCAAACUACCCCCAUCAUCUUCUUUACUCUCUCCCACAGCUCACACAGACUGGUAGUGUAAAGAAGCUGCACACACACUGUAACACAAUAACACACGCAUAACAAAGCUUCUUUCCUUCUUUCUUCUUUGUACUUUUUGUGGGGUUUUGAUUGUUGAGGUAAUGGAGGAUGGUGAUUGGGUUAUGGUGCGGCCACCUACAGAGAGGGACCUGUGGAAUCCGAGUUUAGUGGAUACUGAGAGUUCUAAGCCUUUGAAGCUUACGUUUUCAGGGCCAGCAAAGCAUUGGACCGAUGCAAUUCCCAUUGGGAAUGGCCGCCUUGGAGCCAUGGUGUGGGGUGGCGUCAAAGAAGAAACUCUCCAGCUUAAUGAGGACACGCUUUGGACUGGGAAUCCAGGGAACUAUACCAACCCAAAUGCUCCAGAGGCAUUAACUCAGGUCAGAAAACUAGUCAAUAAUGGUCAGUAUGUUGAAGCCACUGCAGCAGCAGUCAAGUUGUCAGGAGCUCCUUCUGAUGUUUACCAACUUCUUGGGGACAUCAAGCUUGAAUUUGAUGAAUCACAUCUUAAGUAUGCUGAAGAAACAUACCACAGAGAGCUGGACUUGGAUACUGCAACAGUAAGGGUAAAAUAUUCUGUGGAUGGUGUAGAAUUUUUGAGGGAACAUUUUGUAUCUAAACCAGAUCAAGUGAUUGUGGCAAAGAUUUCUACAAGCAAAUCAGGAUCACUGUCAUUUACAGUGUCUUUAGACAGCAAGAUGCAUCAUAAUUCACAUGUGCAUGGCAAAAAUCAGAUAAUAAUGGAAGGAAGUUGUCCUGGUAAAAGGACCCCCCCUAAAGCAAAUGCAAAUGACAAUCCUAAAGGAAUUCAGUUUUCUUCAGUUCUUGAUUUACAGAUUAGUGACAGCAAGGGGGUGAUACAGGUUUUGGAAGACAAUAAGUUGAGGGUGGAAGGUUCAGAUUGGGCUGUAUUGCUUCUGGUGGCUUCAUCUUCAUUCGAUGGGCCAUUUACUAAGCCUUCAGAUUCUAAGAAGGAUCCUACUUCAGAGUCUCUCAAUAAAUUAGAGUCAAUAAAAAAUUUGUCAUACUCUCAACUUUAUGCACAUCAUUUGGAUGACUAUCAGAAUCUUUUCCAUCGUGUCUCAUUGCAGCUUUCAAAAAGCUCCAAGAGCAUUUUAGGAAAUAACCUUUUGAAGACAGAGAAAGUUGUGUCCUUGGUAACAAAUUCAGAUUUCAAGGAGAGUGAACAUGAGAAAAUUUCAACUUCAGAGAGGGUGAAAAAUUUUCAAACUGAUGAAGAUCCUUCCUUGGUAGAGCUUUUAUUUCAGUAUGGGCGAUAUCUUCUUAUUUCUUGUUCACGGCCUGGAACUCAGGUGGCAAACCUGCAGGGUAUAUGGAACAAGGAUAUUGAGCCUGCAUGGGACGGUGCUCCUCACUUGAACAUAAAUCUUCAAAUGAAUUAUUGGCCUUCCCUUCCUUGCAACCUUAGUGAGUGCCAGGAACCCUUGUUUGAUUACAUUUCCUCUCUGUCAGUCAAUGGAAGUAAAACUGCAAAAGUGAAUUAUGAAGCAAGCGGUUGGGUUGUCCAUCAAGUGUCUGACAUAUGGGCGAAAACAUCACCAGAUCGAGGUGAGGCUGUGUGGGCUUUGUGGCCAAUGGGAGGAGCAUGGCUUUGUACCCAUCUCUGGGAACAUUAUACGUACAAAAUGGACAAAGAUUUUCUAAAAAAUAAGGCAUAUCCUUUGUUGGAAGGAUGUGCAUCCUUUCUGUUGGAUUGGUUGAUUGAAGGCCCCGGAGGCUAUCUGGAAACCAACCCAUCAACUUCUCCAGAGCACAUGUUUAUUGCUCCAGAUGGUAAGCCUGCCAGUGUGAGCUACUCAUCAACCAUGGACAUCUCAAUCAUAAAAGAAGUUUUCUCUGCAAUUGUUUCUGCUGCUGAGGUUUUAGGUAAAACUGAGGAUGAUCUCAUUAAAAAAGUUCUUGCGGCUCAACCUAGGCUAUUACCAACAAAAAUUGCUAGAGAUGGUUCCAUUAUGGAAUGGGCACUAGAUUUUCAGGACCCAGAUCCACAUCAUAGACACGUCUCACACCUUUUUGGCCUCUUUCCAGGGCAUACAAUCACUGUUGAGAAAACUCCAGACUUAUGUAAAGCUGCUGAUAAUACUCUCUAUAAAAGAGGAGAGGACGGUCCAGGAUGGUCAACUACAUGGAAAACUGCAUUAUGGGCUCGUCUUCACAACAGUGAGCAUGCAUAUAGGAUGGUUAAGCAUUUAUUUAACUUGGUAGACCCAGAUCAUGAAAGUGACUACGAAGGAGGACUAUAUAGUAACUUGUUCACUGCACACCCACCUUUCCAGAUUGAUGCCAACUUUGCCUUUUCGGCAGCAGUAGCAGAAAUGCUUGUCCAGAGCACCAUGAAGGAUCUAUACUUACUUCCUGCUCUUCCCCGGGAUAAAUGGGCGAAUGGUUGCGUAAAAGGAUUGAAGGCACGUGGUGGGGUGACAGUCAACAUCUGCUGGCAGGAAGGAGAUCUUCACGAAGUUGGCCUUUGGUCGAAGGACCAGAAUUCUCUUCAAAUAUUACAUUAUAGAGGAACUACAAUCAAGGCAAGUAUAUCAUCCGGCAGGGUUUACACAUUCAAUAGGCAAUUAAAAUGCGUGAAGACAUACUCACUCUGAGAAGCAAGAGGCUUUUUCUUUUUCUUUUUCUUUUUAAGAUCAAAUUGAUGUCAUUAUAGCAUUGAUUUUAUAGCGCAAUAAUUCUACAGAUUAAUUCCUUUGUAUUUCUUUUUCAGUCUUUCUCUUUCAUUUUUUUUGGUCUGGAUCAUUGUGAGUUGGUUUAAUUUGAUUGAUAGAAGUGAGAGAAUCUUUGUUGUUGAUGAUAACAAUUUCAUGCGGAAUUAUACAAGCAUCUGAUUAUAAGCAUUA